AUGUCCACCGUCUUGGAGCUUGAUGGCACUACGCAUGUCGUCCGGUACGGCAUGCAGGACGACAAGAAGGAAAUGUGCCAUGUCUAUUUCUUUCGCAAUGGCAAACGCUUCAUCAUAGAUGUAAGCGGAGAUGACGUCCGUGAAACGCCUUUCUAUGACACCUGGAGGCCUCUGAUCGAACCAUUUGAUCCUAAGACUCCGGCUGGACGCAAUUGGGUUGAGCAGUGGCGGAACCUGGCCACACUCGUCAUCACAGCAAGUCUCCAACAGCUCCGCGAGCUGGCGCCGGAAGUGACCUACUGGAUCACUCUAGGAGAUUACUUGCACACUCCGAGCUACAGCUUGCAAGUAGUCAAGCAAGAUGGCGCACAGAAUGGUGUGGCUACCAAGAUUUCCAAAGGUCCCGAAGACAUACCUGCAUACGAGUUUCGGCCAUACGGCGUUGAUAUGUUUGAAGGCUUGCUCGACGGCAUUCCCAAGGUAAACUGCCAUCAGCUUACGGUUCUCGAUUGCGAGAAGAACUGGAAAGUGCCACCUCGCAAGGUGCACAUUGCAGAUGGACAAAUUGCUCGCUUCAAGGGAUAUGAAAAGCCGUCAAAGUCCGUAGAAAGCGGCGCAAUGCACUGCUACUCGCUAGACAGCAUCAAAUGCUCAUUGAGACUCCACGAAACGAUGCAAAGGCUCAGUCCGGAGCCAAUUCCGGGGCUCGCAAGCGUACUGGGCAUCGUAAUGGACGAGCGAGUCGAAGAUAAUGGGUCUUCAGAAUCUUCCCCCAAGCAGCUUUUAGCUGGCAUACUCAUCUCCUGGACUGGUAACGAUACAAUGUGGGAUGUUGUUCGCGAUGUCGACAAAGCCGACACAGAAGACAUACUGCGCAGAAGUGCAGCUUGGAGAACAAAGAUAAACAAUGUGCUGAACCGGCUACAUGCGUUCGGAUUGAGCUUUUGUGACAGUAAUGGAACGUCAUGGAUCAAUGACAGCAGCACAUACAUUGACGAGAAAGACGCGGCUUGGCUGACUACAGGCUCCUCUUUCGUCAGCGAACCUCGAGGUGGCGAGGCACAUAACGCUUGUGUUGAAGCGGACAUGAAGGCUGUGAGAGAGCUGUUCGAGGAGUGGCUCCCAGCGGAGCUCGCGAAGAAGGUAGGCACGUAG